AGCUCUGGGGGCGGGGCUGAGGAGACCUGGGCAGUCCGAGAGCUGGGCGGGGGUACGGAAACCUCGACCCGGUAACACAGGCGUACGCGAGCACUCACAGGCACACGCAUCCAUCGAAAGACACCCAGCUAGACAGGCACACACGUUCCCUCUCAGUGACACAUUCCCCGCCCCUCUGCACUUCCCGAAAAGGGGUGUGUGGAUGUCUGUUUGUCCGGGUGUGUGUGUGUGUGAAGCUCAGACGAGGCGCUGACUGAGCCGGGGCCACAGCCGGAGCCGGGGCGGGACCCCGAGCCCGUGUCCACGCCUCCACCCCGAGCCUCUCUGAUCUCCCCCGUGGCGCGGAUGCCCCAUGUUCACGGAGCUGAGGUCCAAGCUGAGCCCUCCGAGAGGCCGCGCUGGGGCGGUGAGGACAAGCUUCGGAGAGCGCAGAGAUGUGGACGCUGCCGCACAUUUCAGCUUCUGCCGGAGUCUUUUGGAGCACACGGUAUCUACUGAGAACCUCCCCUGCCGGCUCCAGCGCGCCCCGGGCUCCAGCCUCACGUGGCAUGACAGUCGGAGCCAACGAGCGGCAGGGGGCAGGACGGUCAAGCUCCUGCAGCAGCCGGGCACUGAAACACAGCAGGAAGUCCUUCCUUGGGUCUAUCCAGCACCCUUCCUGCUACAGGGCCGGCACUAUGACCACUAUGGGUUCUACCACACCAGCCCCACACUGGGCGGCCUGAUGCGGCCGGUGGUCCUGUGGAGCCAGCAGGACGUCUGCAAGUGGUUGAAGAAGCACUGUCCCCACAACUACCUCAUCUACGUGGAAGCCUUCUCCCACCACGCCAUCACUGGUCGGGCAUUGCUUCGGCUGAACGCAGAAAAGCUUCAGCGCAUGGGGCUGCUACAGGAGGCCCAGAGGCAGGAGGUGCUGCAGCAGGUCCUGCAGCUGCAGGUGCGCGAGGAAGUCCGGAACCUGCACCUGCUGAGCCAAGCUUCCUUUGGAAACAUCUCCUAGUUCCACCCCUUCAAGGGUUGUGGGUGAGACCCCAGCACUGUGAUGCCUGACCUGGACUAGAAAGAAUGACAGACAGCUGGGUCAGAUGAGGCGUCAAACAGCAGUUCCAGACCAGCGGGCAGUGAUGGACCAUAGGCUGAAGCUUGUGUGGCCCCCCGGCCAGAAGACUCACAACUUUACCCUGAGUUCAGAGGCCCGCCUUUAUCCAGCUGGCUACAGGUUGCAAGACCUCCAGUAUUUCAACUGGCAACAAAAGACUCAGUUGUCUUCUUAUAUUUUGACAGGAUCCGGGGAAUCCAGCCCUAGUAGGCUUCAAAUCCAACACCCAAAGUGGAGGGGGGCAUAGAGGGGAAAGAAGACAGAUAUCUAGUUCCUCCCACAACAAAGAUUCUGGAGUUUUAUCCCUUCUAAACCCUUGUGCCACUUAUAGCACAUAUUGAUAUCUUUUUGGCGGGGGGGCACAGUUCCAGGAGUAUUUGAUGCACUAGCUCCUGUCUGUGAUUCUCCUAGACAAGAUGUCUAUUUAUAGCCUUUCUCCCCAAUAUUGAUGACCCUUUCCCAACUGGGAAAUGCCCAGGCAUGGAGACCGAUUUUACUAUCCCAUUUUCCCAUGAUUUUGUCUUUCUCAUAUCCCAAAUACCAGAACUCGUGCCACAGGGGAGACUUACUGGAAAGACUGGUUGCUCAGAAGCCAGUUUCUAUCCCAUUCCCAUCCAUUUAUUUAUUUCCCCCUCCUCAAGAUGUGUCCUCCCUAUUUGUCUCACUAAUACUAGGGAUUUAGAUUUUUUUUUUGUUCCUCUCAGCUUCCUCCUUCCUCCUUCUGACUCCCAAUUUUCUCCUUCCAGAGACUAGGAAAGUCUCUGAACAGGUGUGACCCACCAUUGGAGAUAUUUCCUUUUCCAGUGAGACUCCCUGAGCUCCCCUGGGGAAUCAAAUGAAUUUAGUUUACACAGAGUUUUGCAGAAACCUCUGCUCUGAAGUCUUAGGUUUUUAACAUUUGACUGGCUGUAAAAAUUCCAUUUGGGGGUGGUUGCAGAUGUGUCUGUUCUAUAGUACAUAUGUUAAGGGAAGGCUCUUUGUUCAGAAUUUGGUCAUUGCCUUGGGCAGAGUUACUGAUGCCUUUGGGAGCUGGUGGGACAUGUCACCCUUUCAGUCUUUGGCAGUGACCCUAGAGCAUGAUGAUGCCAUCUAGGGACUGGGCUACAAAAUAUAAAGUUGGGUUACAGCAGAUCACAGAGCUGCAGCUAGGUCUAUUCAGCUGGGAAAUGCAGUGAGGAGAAGAGGUAGAACUAUUAACUACUCUCCCCUGUCUAAGUCCUCAUUCCACUCUAGUCUUCCUAUUCUAUACCCCUUUAGAAAAAUCUCAGGAACAGAAGAGCCAGGGGCUCACUUCCCCCACCAUUUCUAUUGCAGCCCUAACAUGGAUGAUGGUAUAGUAAGUAUGGGAAGAAAUCCACCAUAUCUAGGCAAUUCCCAACAGUAUGCCCACUUCUAUGCUAGGUGACGAAAACUGCUGUUGCCCCCUUCAAAACCCCAGGGAAUAAAUUAAGAGGGAAUUUAAAAUCUCUAGAAGUAGAAGGGGAAUUUCCCCUCCCUCCCCUCCAACUAGCCCCGAAGUGUUUGCUCAAAUCCUAAACCCAUCCAGACUUAUUCCUAGUAAAUGAGCCCUUGAAAAUGCAAUAACAUUGUCAUAGGAUUUUGAGAGGACCUUAAGAUCAUUUAAUUUAAUCCCUUCACUUUACAGUUGAGAAAAAUGGAAGCCCAGAGAUUUGCCCAUGGCCACAUCAUUAGUAAGUGGCAGAGCCAGGAUUUGAACCGAGGCCCUAUGACCAGCACUUUUUCCAUUCACUGCACAAUGCUGGUUCCUGUUGUCCCUGGAGCAAUAUAUGAACCUGAGUAUCUCCCUCUCCCCCUUCCCAACCACUGUUCCAUGUAUACUUGUUAGUUCUGUCUGUUUCUGUCUCUGUUUCAUUUUUUUAUACACUUGAUGUAAAGAUAUAAAAUAAAACCUGGUUCCUAA